AUGCUGGUGAUCCUGUUAAACUGUGUCACUCUUGGCAUGUAUCAACCAUGCGUGGAUGAUCAAUGCGUAACAAAUAGGUGUAAAAUAUUACAGGUGUUCGAUGACAUAAUAUUUGCAUUUUUCACAUUGGAGAUGACGAUAAAAAUGGUGGCGAUGGGAGUAUACGGCCACGGAACCUAUUUAGCUGAUUCUUGGAAUAGGCUGGACUUUUUCAUUGUUUUUGCUGGAGCACUGGAAUAUGCCUUAAAUGUGGAAAAUAUUAAUUUAUCAGCAAUAAGAACAAUAAGGGUACUACGACCAUUGAGAGCUAUAAACAGAAUACCAAGUAUGCGUAUCCUGGUAAUGCUACUUCUAGACACAUUACCAAUGUUGGGCAACGUUCUGCUACUGUGCUUUUUCGUUUUCUUCAUAUUCGGCAUCGUUGGUGUCCAACUGUGGGAAGGGAUUCUAAGGCAGCGAUGUGAACUUGUUUUGCCACCGAACGUGCUUCGACCCAACAUUUCCUUCUACUACGAGUUCUCGAAAGAGCUAGAUUACAUCUGUACGACGCCCGCAGACAGCGGGAUGCAUCAAUGUGGAAACUUCCCUCCAUACAGAUACGGACCUGUUGUGUGUAACGAGACGGCAAAAUCAUUCUCAUAUAACACUCCCACAAAUACCUCAUGCGUUAACUGGAAUCAGUAUUACACAAACUGUACCCAACGAGGAUCAAAUCCAUUCCAAGGCACGAUUUCCUUCGAUAACAUCGGUCUCGCUUGGGUCGCCAUAUUUCUGGUAAUAUCUCUGGAAGGUUGGACGGAUAUCAUGUAUUAUGUACAAGACGCGCACAGUUUUUGGGACUGGAUUUAUUUUGUUUUGCUUAUCGUCAUUGGAUCAUUUUUCAUGAUCAACCUAUGCCUCGUCGUAAUCGCAACUCAAUUCAGUGAAACCAAGAAACGUGAAAUGGAACGAAUGCGUGCGGAACGUGCCCGCUUUACAUCAUCCUCUACCCUCGCCUCUUCGACGAACAACAGCGAACCGGCCACGUGUUAUGCGGAAAUAGUCAAAUACGUCGCACAUUUGUGGCGAAGAUUCAAACGAAGAAUGGCUAAGAAAAUAAGGGUGUACCGAUAUCAGCGCGCUCAACUACAGUGGCGAACAAGUAGAGAAACUUUGCAGUUGCCAGCUAAUCGACCGAAACAGCACCACCCGCGUUGCCCGAAACUCCAUCCACAGGGCAACGGCAAAAGCGGCGACGAUGUUGAGGAACCGCUGAGUAGACCUAGCCUGUUGCGCGUUCCCUCGCUCUCCGCAGCCGAUUUAGAGAAUGCCUCGAACCUCUCGCUAUUAUCGCCACCUUCACUGGCCCGACGUCGGUCAUCAGUGAUGUUCAGUGACACGGUGCUGUUGCACACACCUAAUUCACCACACGUGGCUCACCCCAACAACGUAUGCUCUUCUGAAAAGAUGACGCAAACUGAAUUCGACCUGCCGGCAGACUCGGCCGAGGAGCGCGCUGCUGCUGGUGGUACUAUGUCGUGCCAAGAACUACUGGCGCUAUCUGGUGCCCUCUCCGCCGCUUUGCCCACGGGUCAGGUGGCCCUAGACUCGUUCUUCGAAGAGCUCACUAAAGGGAUAAGCAAACGUGCUGGAGAUGAAAAAUCAGAUACCAAGAUUGUAGAAAUAGAAGACUUUUCCUGCUGCGCCGACCUCAUUGCCGCAGAUGCUGCAGCUAAGGAGACGAAGAAAAACAGAUUUUCAAAAGCCUGCACACUUUUGUGGAGACGGUUGAAUAAAUUUUUAUCUUUACUAAGAAAACACAUAAAAGCGAUCGUUAACCACAAAUACUUUCAACAAGGAAUUCUAUUGGCGAUUCUGAUAAACACCUUAUCUAUGGGUAUCGAGUAUCACAAUCAACCGGAAGAACUAACAGUCAUCGUAGAAAUUAGUAAUGUAGUAUUUUCAGCUGUAUUUGCUGUUGAAAUGAUCCUUAAAAUAAUAUCUGAAGGGCCCUUCAAAUAUAUCUCCAAUGGAUUUAACGUGUUUGACGGUAUCAUAGUGAUAUUAAGCGCCUUUGAGCUAGCUCAGAGUAUGGGGCACGAACACGAUUUAGCUGGCAGUUCGGGACUGUCCGUUUUACGCACGUUUCGUUUACUAAGGAUAUUAAAAUUGGUCCGCUUUAUGCCAAACUUAAGAAGACAGCUUUUCGUGAUGCUCAGAACGAUGGAUAAUGUGGCGGUGUUUUUUUCAUUACUCGUUCUUUUUAUCUUCAUAUUCAGCAUCCUCGGUAUGAACAUCUUCGGGUGCAAAUUCUGCAAGAAAGAUGAAGACGGCGAUCUUGAUUGCGACAGAAAAAACUUUGAUACUCUCUUGUGGGCCUUUGUCACAGUUUUUCAGGUGUUGACACAGGAAGAUUGGAACGUUGUUUUAUUUAAUGGAAUGGAAAAAACAAGCCAUUGGGCCGCGUUGUAUUUUGUCGCUUUGAUGACAUUCGGCAAUUAUGUCCUAUUUAAUUUACUCGUUGCUAUUUUGGUGGAGGGGUUCAGUUCAGAGCGAAACGAAAGAAGAGAGCGAGAGCAACGUGAGUUGGCAAAAUCGAAGUUAUCAAGUGAAUGCUUCUCUGAUCACAACGAAUUACAUUACGAUGAUUCGAACUCAGGCUCACAUUCCAGCGACAGCUUUUCUCAGAAUGAAAUAAAAAACUUCUGGAAAUCUGCGGACGAUAUCCGAAAAGCUAAAGACGAUUCUAAUACAAAUAAAGAUAAAAUUAUAAAAUCCAGAAGAAAACAGAAACCGGUGUCUCAUAAUCCGACGCUGUGCAAAGAUUGUGCUCAAUCUAACAAGUGUAACUUGCAAAAGGAAUCAAAACUGUUGGCAUCGAGUUCUAUAAAUGAGCAUAGUAGUAGUACAGUUGUUCCUAUGAUCACCCACACAGCCGCAACGCCACAAGAUUCGCCGUCCACUACUUUAGAGCCUGGAGCAUCAUUCAAAGACUUCAAUUUAGCUCUCAGUUUAGAGCGAUCAUCAAUGCUAUCUAGUUUGGAUUCGAUCGAUCGCACUUCUUGUUCAAGUAUUCCGGGACUGCUCAAGCCACCUAACAGUUACACAUUAACUUUGCAUUCCGCUGCGGCAGCUUUAGGAGCGGAAAAGGCUAGACUACCCGUGUCAUUAGCUCCCCCUCCAUUAACUUUAGCUCUACCACCAUCUAGAGCAGCUUCACCAGGAACAACAACACCACGUACCCUACCAUCUCCAAUGCUGCCCGAGAAAAAUUUACAAGUAACAAUAGCAAAAGAUGAAAAUUGUCUCAACGUUAGUGAUAAGUCCAGUUUGCUUAAUUCACAGAAAAGUUUAACAAUAACGACGCCCAGUACAAAUGGCGAAGAAAAGUGCAAAGUACAACGUGGAUACAGCUGGAGGCUCUCUAGGUCUAGCUUAAGAAAGAAGAAACAAAGAACUGGUUCAGAUUCUGACGCGGUCAUACUUAACAAUGGCAGAGACCACAUUGCCUGCAAUGGUGCUGGCCAUAGAAAAAACGAUAUACUUCUCUCGUCGUCUCUAGUAAUAAAAAACGACACGCAGUCAGAGCUACCUCACAAUCGACUGCGAGGUCAGCUCCCUACGAGAGUUCUAGCGCCACCAGCUCGAAGAGUAUCAGCACACGCCACACCUUUACUCCCAGAUGUGUCGUGGAAAGCACCACAAGCAGGGUUUUCAUCUGAUUCUACGGUCCGUUUGGAUGCUGUUAAAACUCCUCGGCAUAGACUAUCGUUAACAAACGACUAUUUAACAGUAACAACUGUGUCGGAAGUGAAAGCGAGCAAUUUAACACCGAGCGGUCAACUACCACAAUUGUCGUCUCGACCUCACGAAGCUUUGCCCAGGGCGAACAAUCAACAGCUGCCGUUGAUCAAGCAAAUCAAUGAAGAAGUGUCGAUAAACAAUGUUUGCGUAUUUUCAUCGCGAUUCGACAGGCGAAGAUUGAGGUUUAAAGACCUCUUUCGUUUUAUGGAGCCGACAGGAUGUCUGAAGGAAAAAGAGGAUUACUCCCUCUAUUUGUUUGCUCCGGAUAAUAAGAUAAGAAGAUUAUGCACGUGGAUGGUUACUCGCAGCUGGUUCGAUAACAUCGUGUUAUUGUUUAUUGCUUUAAAUUGCAUUACCUUAGCAAUGGAGCGACCAAACAUUCCACCAGACUCUAAGGAGAGAGCCUUUUUGUCCAGCGCGAAUUACGUCUUUACAGUUGUUUUUGCUGUUGAAAUGUUUAUAAAGGUAGUGGCAUCUGGAAUGUUCUACGGCUCAGAAGCGUAUUUCACUUCGGGCUGGAAUAUUAUGGACGGUUCAUUAGUCAUCAUAUCUAUUAUCGAUUUACUAAUGUCCUUAGUCUCUGAAUCUAGCCCGAGAAUAUUCGGCAUAUUACGGGUGUUCAGAUUACUGAGGUCUCUACGACCUCUAAGAGUUAUCAACAGAGCUCCUGGCUUGAAACUGGUUGUCCAAACGUUACUAUCAUCUUUGAGACCUAUAGGAAACAUUGUUUUAAUCUGCUGCACGUUCUUCAUAAUAUUUGGUAUUUUGGGUGUUCAGCUCUUCAAAGGCGCGUUCUUCUAUUGUGAAGGCGCCAACAUUAAGAACGUGAAGAACAAAUCAGAUUGUCUGGCGAUAGAGGGAAACGUGUGGGUGAACAGGAAAUACAAUUUCGAUGAUCUCGGGAAGGCUUUGAUGUCGUUGUUCGUGCUUAGUUCGAGGGACGGUUGGGUCAAUAUCAUGUAUACGGGACUAGAUGCGGUUGGCGUUGAUCAACAGCCAAUAGUGAAUUAUUCCGAGUGGCGCCUGCUCUACUUCAUCGCGUUCAUAUUAUUAGUUGGAUUCUUUGUACUUAACAUGUUUGUCGGAGUCGUAGUGGAAAAUUUCCACCGAUGCCGCGAAGAACAGGAAAAGGAGGAGAGGGUAAGAAGGGCAGCUAAAAGGGCUCUGCAAAUGGAAAAAAAGAGACGAAAAAUGCAUCAGAGACCUUACUAUUCGGACUAUUCGCAAACACGCCUGUUCGUACACAAUGUUGUCACGUCCAAAUAUUUCGAUUUGGCAAUUGCAGGCGUUAUUGGUCUGAACGUAGUCACAAUGGCAAUAGAGUAUUACAGGAUGCCACCCGCACUGCAAUACGCUCUAAAAAUAUUCAACUAUUUCUUCACCGCCGUCUUCAUACUUGAAGCGGCGAUGAAACUUGUCGCGCUUGGGUUUAAAAUUUAUCUCAAAGACAAGUGGAAUCAACUAGAUGUUAUAAUUGUCAUACUCUCUAUAGUAGGUAUAGUUCUAGAAGAGCUUGAAACAAAUAUCAUACCAAUUAAUCCGACUAUAAUGAGGGUUAUGAGAGUCUUAAGAAUUGCCAGAGUCCUAAAACUUCUCAAGAUGGCAAAAGGAAUACGAGCUUUAUUGGACACGGUGAUGCAAGCUCUUCCGCAAGUUGGAAAUUUGGGAUUACUAUUUUUUCUUUUGUUUUUCAUUUUUGCGGCUUUAGGAGUGGAACUUUUUGGUCGAUUGGAAUGUUCGGAUGAAAUACCAUGUCAAGGUCUUGGGGAACACGCACAUUUUGCUAAUUUUGGAAUGGCAUUUUUAACGCUGUUUCGGGUGGCAACUGGCGAUAACUGGAAUGGUAUAAUGAAAGACACGCUAAGAGAAGAUUGUGACAGUUCAGUAGACUGUGUACGGAAUUGCUGCGUGUCAACUAUUAUCGCACCGAUAUUUUUUGUCGUGUUCGUCUUGAUGGCUCAAUUUGUUCUUGUCAACGUCGUGGUCGCUGUACUAAUGAAACACCUAGAAGAAUCCCACAAACAAAUGGAGGAUGAAAUCGAUAUGGACGUUGAAUUAGAGCGUGAACUGGAAAGAGAAGCGGACGACGAAGAAGACAGAGCCCUCUGUAGAGCUCUCGAACAAUGUAUUUCGCCACCGCGACCUUUAAAUAAGGUACCAUCAUUGCCCGCUAAUUUCACAUACAGCGAACCAAAGCAUCAGCCUAUUCCAUCACCUCGCCGCCGAAAAACUUUACAUUCUCAUCAUGCUUUAUUACCAGCAGCUCUUCCGCAGAGAAGAGCUUCAUUAUCUCCUCAUGCCUUUAGCAGACGGCGACAGGACUCCACGACAGAUGCACCGGCUUUAUAUGAAGAAGAUGCGCGGUUCAUAGACGCUGACGAUGUCGAUGAAUUGGAACCGGGUAGCCCACCGAGACGAGAUUCGUUCGCACAAAAUCGCAGACAACGAAUUGACAAAAGGAACUCUCUAAGGAGUGAAGAAACGAGGUUACUUCGCCCGGCACCUGUGUUGCUUACGGUACCGUCUACAAGGCAGAGUUUAAGAGAUAAGGUGAAACGCAGGCCGUCUACGGAAUCUGCUACGCCCAGCGAAAUGAGCCACACUUCGUUUCGAUCUCAAAAAGACACAGAAUGUUCUAACCCCUCGAUAACGGAAGAAGAGAAAAUAAGAAUUGUUAUAGCGGAGAGACGUAAAAUUGACUCUAACCGCCCAGAGCCGGAGGAUAUAGUGGAACUAUCAGAGCGUGGUUCCUAG